AUGACGCGCGGCGUAGUGUCGUUCACCCCGCGCGCGUGCGCGCGGUGCGAUCGGGCGUCGAGCGCGAGCGCGAGUGGGAAGCGCGUGGAUGUUCCGAGUUCGCGACGAGCGCUUCGACGCUUCGCGAGCGCGAGCGAGACGAAAGGCGCGCUGACGACGCACGACGCGAGGGACGAGGAGUACAUGCGUCAGGCGUUGGAGGCGGCGGCGUCGAGAACGGCGGAAGAGGUGCACCCGAACCCGCUCGUCGGGUGCGUCGUCGUGGACCCGCGCGCGGACGUCGUCGUGGGCAGAGGAUUUCAUCCGCGAGCGGGGGAGCCGCACGCGGAGGUGUUCGCGCUGCGGGCGGCGGGGGAGUUGGCGCGCGGUGCGACGGCGUACGUGACGCUGGAACCGUGUAAUCACUUUGGUCGGACGCCGCCGUGCGCGCGAGCGCUCGUGGACGCGGGCGUCAAGCGCGUCGUCGUUGGAUUUGUCGAUCCCGAUCCCAGAGUCUCGGGCGGUGGGAUCCAAACUCUGUUAGACGCGGGUAUAGACGUCGCCGUGGGGUGCGAGGAGGCGAGAUGUCGCGAGAUCAACGCCGAUUUCAUCGCGCGCCAAGAAGCCGCGCGCGCGGGAAAGUAG